UUCGUCGCCACCGGCCGGCCGAAUCAGCCUCUUGCAUGUGCGGUUGCGAGAAAGAGAUUGAAAGGAGGAAGAAGAUAAGAAAAGGGGCUGACAAGUAGGCCCCACCAUUUUUUUAUUUUAGCAUUUGUCACUUCCAUGUGGGACCCACUUCUAUUUUGGUGAUAUGGCCGCCACAUCAGCAUAUUUGGACCAAGUCAACCUGCCACAUCAGCAUAAACCGCUUACAAAACCACCCGAGGAGUCGAUUUACACCGGUUUUCGGAGAUGAGGGAGUCGUUAUACCUUUUGUGUGGUUGAGGGAUGUUAUUAGACGAAGGGCAAAAGAUGAGUGAGGUAAAAUGGACUUAUUCCUUCUCUUUUUAUACGAAGAAGAAAUUCUAAGGUACUCCUUCACAAAUAGUGCCAGCCCAGCAAAAGUCCAAUCCAGCUCCGUGAAUUGAAUCCAUUAUCCAUCUCGUAUAGAUUAUCAGCCCAUUGUGCAAUCCUAACAGGCCCAUUUAAUUUUGAAGCCUGGUCCAGUCCACGCCACCAACGGACGCGCCGUCGAUCAGCUCUAGAGAUCUCGCGCCACACCCAGCACCCGCUGCUUGCCAUAUGCCGGUGACCUCCAGAACAAGCAGGAAACCUCAUCACUCACCCACUCCUCGACCCUUCACGACGCAUCCAACCCAUCCUCACUUCUCAACUGAUUCUCGUAUAAAUCCACCCCCCUCGAACACCGGAUCAUCGGUCGCCAAAAAUCACACAAACCUGCGUGCAAAGCCAUCUUGAUCCAGCGAGCAAAACAAAACAAACGUUGGAAUUAAACCGCGAAACCGAGAGCAACAAACUAACCAAGCAGUAACCAACAGCACAAUGUCGCUAGUGCGGAGCGGCAACGUGUUGGACCCGAUGUCGGUGGACUUCUGGGCGGACGCCGACCCGUUCGGCGCCGUGCGCUCCCUCGCGGAGCGGUGCCCCGUGCUCACCAACGUCCGCGUCGACUGGAAGGAGACGCCGACGGCGCACGUCUUCACGGCCGACCUCCCCGGCGUCCGGAAGGAUCAGGCCAAGGUGGAGGUGGAGGACGGCGGCGUGCUCGUCAUCAGCGGCGAGCGCGCCAGGGAGGAGGACGUCGACGGGAAGAACGACGAGCGGUGGCACCACGUGGAGCGCAGCAGCGGCAAGUUCCAGAGGCGGUUCCGCCUGCCGCGCGGCGCGCGGGUGGACCAGGUGAGCGCGUCCAUGGACAAUGGGGUGCUCACGGUCACCGUGCCCAAGGAGGAGACCAAGAAGCCGCAGCUGAAGGCUAUCCCCAUCUCGGGCUGAUCAUAUCACCGUCCGUGUUCGGCUGUUUGCUGCGUGCAUUUGGCAUGAUCACAAGGAUAUGCCAAUAAUAAACUGUGUUUCAAGCAAGGGAAAAUAAUAUAAUUGUCAUAUGUAGCCCGUACGUACGUGUCGCUCGUGUGUAUGCAUGUGUGUACUAGUAGUACGCACUACGUGUGUUACAGUAUUGAACUGUCUUAAUUUGUCGUUGAUGAUCAGUUCUUCGUCAGAUAUGCGAUCAUGUACCUGUCUACCGCGGAUAUGGGAAUAAAUCUGUAUUGCUAGUCGUACAAGCUA